AUGAGCAAAGAAUUUUUCGUAAAUGUCGAGCCUGACCAGCUGAAACGUUUUCACAGGCAUUUCUCCAGUUCAAUGAGCGAGGAGACCGACACAGAAGUGCACAGAUGGAGUGUCAGGCGAGCUGUGGAUGCUUUUGAGGAUGCGCUCAACGACAGAAGGAGACCCAAUGUGCUCUUCGACUCUUCUGGCUCAAACUCGCAGUGGCUGGCACGCCGCCUCGAGACUGCGCGCCAUGCAGGCUACCAGACAGAGCUGCUGUGGGUGGACGUGCCUGUGGAGAUAGCCUUGUGGCGGAAUCGAAACCGAGCAAAAUCCAAAGGACAGUGGUGUCCAGAGUGCAUUAUCAUGGAAAAGUCAGAGGUAAUGCGAAGCAGCUUCGAGGAGCUCCGUGACACUGCCAAUGCAGCCAGCAGAAUACAGAACUGGGACCCAGAGGGUGAUGAGCUGAAGCAGGCAAAGCAGGACCUGUACCUAUAUCCAGCCCCCAGGACGCGGGCAGCCACCGUGCACCCAAGCGAUCCAACUUAUGGAGAGGCCCCACCUGGUGCGCGCUCCCCAUCGCCGACUCGCACGUCGCAAAGGACGAUUCGAAUCGGGCCUUGGAAACGCAGUGACGACGUGAUGAAAGCCAAAAGCGCCAGGCUGAAAUGGAUGGAUGAGACCUACAGAGGAAAUCGCGAAAAGUUUGUCCUGGAGGAGGUUCUGGCAGGGCGAGAAGUGCUGUUGGAGCGAAACAUGUUUCCGUACUUGUUGCCCCCUGGCAUGGAGCAUUGGACCAUAUGGGCCAGGCAACAUGCAAUUCUCACAGCUGGGGCGGUAAAGUCAGAGGCAUGGCUUAAUGCCAGAAAGCCACACAAUGUAAUCGCAUGGAACUAUGAUGACAACCGGCAAAUGCGAACCAUUGAUGUAUGGCAUGUCCAUAUCUACUUUCAGGGCGCAGGCUGUCCGAACUUGCAAGUUCGCUGUGAAGAACAUGCUUGUUUAUUUCAACUUCUAUUUUUCUUUUUUGCCCGAGGCCCCGCAUCCCUACUCAAUUAA